CCAUGGUCACAUCACCGCUUUCUGAGACAGAUUCAGGGGAGUACACUCUGACCUGUCAAUCCAACAAUGCCAUCAUGUUCUCCAGGACUGUGAUUCUUCAUGUAAUGAAACGUCCAACAAAACCACAACUGAUGCUCGAUGGUGUUGACGUCUCAGAUACUUCCCCGCUUUUUAAGUGUGUCUCUGAGGGUUUCCCCAAACCCACAAUCAAAUGGCCUGGUAACAAGGAUGGAGAACAGAGUUUAAAGGAAAGUGACGGAAAGACAGAGAGCGCAAUAUCAAGCACUGAGUAUUAUGAUAGAGGAAUGAUGUGCUGUGCAACCAAUGCUGAAGGACAAGAGUGCUCCCAACUGUAUGACUACGACUUACAGAGCAGUGUAAUGAACAAAGAUGAGGUAUCUACUGUCACUCUGAGUGAAGGUCAGUCUCUGCUGCUUCGCUGCAGAGUAAAAGGAUACGGUCUGAAAUCACCUGUGUGGGAGAAAGAAGGAAAACAGCUCAAUGCCAGGACAUUAUCAUGUAAACCAGAGAAGGAGGAGGAGAUGUGCAUUAAAAAUGACUCACAUUACGCUGUUCGGACGGCCUACCUGUCCAUCAGAUCAGUGAGAGAGGAGCACAGCGGCACAUACACCUGCACGAGUACAGAUAAAAACUCAAAGUCUGUUCAUGUUCAUGUCUCAGAUGAAGGUUUCCUCUCUGCACAGCUGGAUGAGACCAAGAUCAUAUCAGCUCAGGAGGCAUCCAGCACCUGCUUGCAGGCCACUGUUUCCUACUAUCCUGUUCUCCAGCACUGUUCCUGGGAGACUCCUGACAAAAACAGGACUAAAUGUGUCAGGGACACAUGGGUAACACAGCACAGCACUGUGAAGCUUUGUGAUCCACUCAUAUCAGGAGAUUAUAAGUUACACCUGGAGGCUGGAGGACAAAAGGAAACAAAGACCAUAUCAGUGUGUGUUGUAGAUGAACCAAAGUUCAACUUCUCCUUUAAUAAGGAUGAUGGUACCCUCAACCUUGAGACUGUCAGUCUGGUGCCAGCAAACUAUACAUGGAUGUUUUGCUCUAAACUCAAUGACAGUUGCAGUGAAACAGACUCGUCCUGGGAUGAGGUCCCAAAUGCACCUCAAACAGACUCUGACGUUUCCUGCAACAAGCUGAUCAAGAGCUCAGUGAGCAAAGACGUGUUAAAAGGAGACCAAUUCAGGUUUUGUCUGACAAACUCAGUUGGCUCCUGGUGCAAAACCCAUUACAUGAUUAUCCCACCUACACCUCAGCCCUCUAUUGGUAAGCCACCCGAGUAUAACUCCUUCCUGCUGAAAGUAUGCAGUUUGCUUCUGCUUCUGGCUUGGCUGUAGCCAGUGAAGUGCUCAUGUACCUCAUCAAAAAUAGGGAAUAUAUAUUUUAUGAACACAAUAAAGAACACAGCUCUCUCUGUGUGACCAGAACCGGAUGGAGAACCCUUAUUAUUGAGGCUCACUCUCUUGCUUUUUUUUUUUAGCUCUGUUAUAAUGCUAUAACCACCAGACCUUCAGCAAUUGCCACAAUGCAUCGACCACUGUGGACAUUUCUGAGUGAUGAAACACAAAACAGGGCACUGUCACCUGCUGACUGCUGACACAUCUGACUCAGACAUUCUGGAAUCUGAAAAGAAUCUUCUGUAACCAUCAGAUACACAGUGAUCACCUAUAUAACAUUUUAUCCAUACAUU